CAAUAUUCUCUGCCAAAAUCGUCAUUUUCCUCGUUUAUUUUUACUCCACAGUGAAGCCGAAGCUCCAAGUUGCCGUUUUGCAACAGGGUGGAGCACGCGCGCCGACGUGGCGUCUCCAUCGGAGAGCAGGAAGAUGACGUCGGAGGACGCGGAGAUGACGUCCGGGCAUCGAGAUCCGGACCGGGGCCAUCGCCAGCUUAUCCGGCCGGAAGAGAGGGAUCAAACGGCUGACCCGGCAGACCGGGAGCUCGACCUCGGGUUCGCCUUGAUGGCGCAGACCUCUAUCUAUUCCCUCACCUGCGACGAGAUACAGAACGCGGUGUGCGAGCCCCGCAAGACCUUCGGGUCCAUGGAUGACUUCCUCACCGGCAUCUGCAACGUCGAGGAUAUCCAAGCUGCCGCGGCCAACGCCAACAACGACAGCAGCAACAGCCAAGCGCAGGCCAGCAACCUGGCCGACAGCACCGCAGGGGGUCAAGUAGUGGAGGCGGCGGCGGCGCUCCAUCGGCAGGGGUCGCUCACUCUCCCGGCGCCGCUCUCCAGGAAGACGGUGGACGAGGUGUGGGCGGAGAUCCACCGGAAUGCGGCUCGCCGGUCCCACCGCGUAGAGCAGGUCCACCAGGACGGCGUCGGGAACGGCUGUCGUGAGCCGACCUUCGGGGAGAUGACGCUCGAGGACUUCCUCGUAAAGGCCGGGGUGGUUCGGGAAGGACACGGCGGGCAAGGAUCGCCAUCGCCCCACCCGCAGUCGAUGGCGCCGCCCCCCUCCGCGGCGCAGCAGUAUGAGAUGACCGGUUUCGGCCACAUGGUGGGCAUGGCAGGGUACGUCGACGAGCAAGUGUUGGGGGCGGCGGCGGCCGCGGUGGUAGGGUCACCCGCGAGCCCGUUGUCGUCGGAUGGAAUGGCGAGAGGACAGGUGGACAACUCGGUGCCAGGGUACGGAGCCGACGUGCCGAGAAGCGUAGGCGGCGUCGGAAGGAAGCGACCGGGGGACGGGGAAACGGUGGACAAGGUGGUGGAGCGGCGGCAGAGGAGGAUGAUCAAGAACAGGGAGUCCGCCGCCAGGUCUCGCGCCAGAAAGCAGGCAUACACAGUGGAGCUGGAGGCGGAGCUGAACGUGCUGAAAGAGGAGAAUGCCCGGCUGACAGAAGAGCAGAGAACGGCAAUGGCGUCAAGGACGCAACUGCUGCUGGAGUCUAUGGCAGAGCAGUCGCGUAUAAAUGUGCAGAAGGCAGUGAGGAAGCUGCGUCCCUGCAACAGCUGCACAUGGUGACGGCCUUCGAGCAUACCUCCGACAGUUCUAAUCUCCUGUCUUAGCUAUAUAGUGUGUGUAUGCCAUCUCGAUCAUGCAAUUUGCUGUUAGCAUAUGCUUCCCCUUGUUAUUUGUACAUAUAAUACAUGCACACAUUGUUCAAUAGCCA